GUCGUGUCUCGUCUUCUUCUUCCCAAUCCAAUCCAUUACAGCUGACAAUCUAAAAUAUUAUUUUAUUAAAAAAAAAAUAUCUGUAGUUUUCGUCUUGCUUGUGCGUUUGCCACCACAACGUUGUCUUCUCGGGGUUUAAAGUUUGAUCUAAUGGCUUCAAAUCCAGAGAAAAAUCCGCCGCCACCUUCGGAUGAGAAAACCGAAACGAAGAGUCCUAAACCGGAAUCAGCAGGAGCCUCUGGGAGCUCAACUUCAUCAGCUAACCCCGCUAUGAAUUUCAAUGCUUUUGAUUUCUCUAACAUGGCUAGUAUCCUCAACGAUCCAAGCAUCAGAGAAUUGGCUGAGCAGAUUGCUAAAGAUCCCGCCUUUAACAAAUUGGCGGAGCAGCUUCAGAGCUCCAUCCCAAACGCAGCUGAGGGAGGAGGCGCAGGAGGCUUCCCUAACAUUGAUCCACAGCAGUAUGUCAGCACGAUGCAACAGGUUAUGCAUAACCCCGAGUUUCAGACUAUGGCUGAGCGACUUGGUAACGCCUUAGUGAAGGAUCCACAAAUGUCUCCCUUUUUGGAUGCUUUCUCGAACCCUGAAACAGCGGAGCACUUUACUGAGCGUAUGGCGCGGAUGAAAGAGGAUCCGGAGUUGAAGCCUAUACUCGAUGAGAUUGAUGCUGGUGGUCCUUCUGCCAUGAUGAAGUACUGGAAUGAUAAAGAUGUGCUGAAAAAGCUUGGUGAAGCAAUGGGUAUGCCUGUUGCCGGCUUGCCAGACCAGGCUGCUUCUGCUGAACCCGAGGUAGCUGAAGAAGGUGAAGAAGAGGAAGAGUCUAUUGUUCAUCAAACUGCCAGUCUUGGAGAUGUUGAGGGUUUGAAAACUGCUUUGGAAGCUGGUGGUAACAAAGAUGAAGAAGACUCUGAAGGAAGGACGGCACUGCAUUUUGCUUGUGGAUACGGCGAGUUGAAAUGUGCUCAAGUUCUUAUCGAUGCUGGAGCAAGUGUUAACGCGGUUGACAAGAACAAGAACACACCUCUGCACUACGCUGCUGGUUACGGGAGGAAAGAGUGUGUUAGCCUUCUUCUAGAGAAUGGUGCAGCAGUGACUCUGCAAAACCUAGACGAGAAGACACCCAUCGAUGUGGCCAAGCUCAACAACCAGCUCGAGGUGGUGAAGCUGCUCGAGAAGGAUGCUUUCCUUUGAGCGUGGGUCAAAAGGAAGGUCUUAAGAUGAUAUUGUCUUUGAAGGAUUUGUCUUUGUGUUGUGACUUGAACCAAUUUCACAAGCUUUUGUAUACUUCCUUAUCUUAUUUAUCUGUGUUUUAUUUGUUUCUCUCUCGUUCUAAAUUUGUCUCU